UCUCAGUGACGACAACAACAAAACACAGCAGCAGAUACAGGGUGGUAGCUAGCUAGCAAGGCUACUUGACAUAAACACUUGGCUAGCUGGCUACAUUACACAAUCCUAGUCGAAAGGAUCGUUGACAAGAAAAACAACAGCACGUUGAACAGCCCGAUAACAACACGGGUAAUAUGAACAUCACUUAGAAAAUAAUAAAUACUCAAAAUCUGCUGCAAAUACAUUUCCAGCUUGCUCUCCAGCUAGCUGACUGAAUGCUUUGCGAUCCCCAGUUGAGCUGGCUAGCGGAGCCUGGAAGAUGUGAUAAAUACUGAGACUCUGCAAGCAGUUCUGAUACCUACUUUGAUGCUCCAAUUGCCAAAGUAUAUUACAGCAGUUGCUUCCUUUUCCCUGGAACACUUGGCCGCAGUUAAGACAGCGUCCUGUGGCGUUAAGUGAGAGGUGCUAAAUGACUAAAUGAACAAGGAGGAGAAGAGUGAAGACUGCUGGAGAAUUCAACAUGAAGUUGUAUGUGUUUCAGGUCAACAACGGAAGCACACUGACUUUUGACACUGAACUUGCUGUGCAAACUGUCUCAGACCUUAAGCAUGCCAUCCAGGUCAAAUACAAGAUCGCAACACAGCACCAAGUUCUGGUUGUCAAUGGAGGGGAGUGCAUGGUUGCAGAUAGGCGUGUCUGCAGUUACAGUGCCGGCACUGAUACCAACCCAAUUUUCCUCUUCAACAAAGAGAUGAUCCUGUCUGACCGCGCUCCAACAAUACCCAAAACCACCUUUUCCAUCGAGAAUGAGAUGGAACUUAAGGUGGAGGAGUCCCUGAUGAUGCCAGCAGUGUUUCACACGGUUGCCUCUCGAACACAACUUGCAGUGGAAAUGUUUGAAGUUGCCAAGAAGCUCUGCUCUUUCUGCGAACGCCUGGUUCAUGACGAACACCUUCAGCACCAGGGUUGGGCUGCCAUAAUGGCCAACCUAGACGACUGCACCUUGUCUUACCAGAAGCUGCUAUGGAAGUUUGACACUGCCUAUAUGAAUUAUCAACAGGACAUCGAGGACAUCAAAUUAAAGCUUACCAAACUAGGUACCGCCGUGUCGGUCAUGGCCAAGAUCCCGCUGCUGGAGUGCUUGACGCGCCACAGCUACAGAGAGAGCCUGAAGUCCAGCUCGCCGGCCGAGGGGGAGGGGACCGAGGAGGAGACGGAGGAGGAGAAGUCCGUCGACUCCGUGCUGCGGCCCGGGGAAAGGCGGAGCGGUGGCAAGUCCCCGGGGUCUUUCUCCGCGUCGGGGGACACGCCGACCCAAGACGUGGUCGCGGAUGCGGCCGUAGGCGUGGGCGAGGGCGCGGGAGAGGGCAGCGAGAUGACGGACAGCAGCGGCCUGAGGGCGGCGCUGCAGGAGACGGACUCCCCGGAGAGGAGCAAUCCGCCCUCUUUCAACGUCACCCUUUUGGACUGGAUAAACGUACAGGACAGGCCAAACGACGUUGAGUCCGUCGUGAGGAAGUGCUACGACUCCAUCAACAGACUUGAUCCCAGGAUCAUUCAGCCCUUUUUGGCAGAUUGUCGGGACACUAUCGCCAAACUGGAUAAUCAGAACAUGAAGGCCAUUAAGGGGCUUGAGGACAGACUGUACGCUUUAGACCAGAUGAUUGCGAGCUGUAAAAAACUGGUCAAUGAACAGAAAGAACUUGCUCAGGGAUUUCUAGCCAAUCAGAAGAGGGCUGAAAACCUGAAGGACACUUCAGUGCUGCCUGACUUGUGUCUCAGUCACGCAAACCAGCUGAUGAUCAUGUUGACCAACCACAGAAAACUCUUAGACAUCAAACAGAAGUGCACCACUGCCAAACAGGAGUUGGCCAACAAUCUGCAAGUUCGCCUCAAAUGGUGCUGCUACGUGAUGCUUCACGCGGACCAGGACGGGGAGAAGCUGCAAGCCCUCCUGCGUCUCCUGACGGAACUCCUGGAGAGGGUGCGGAUCGUGGAGGCGCUCAGCACGGUCCCGCAGAUGUACUGCCUGGCUGUGGUGGAGGUCGUGCGGAGGAAGAUUUUCAUACGGCACUACAGAGAGUGGGCCAGUGCUCUUGUGAAGGACGGAAAACAGCUUUACGAAGCUGAAAAAGCUAAAAGGGAAACCUUUGGGAAAUUGUUCAGGAAAUCUUUUCUGAGAAACCGCUUGUUUCGAGGACUUGAUUCAUGGCCUCCCACGUCGUUUUGCACACGCAAGCCUCGAAAGUUUGAUUCUGAGCUUCCGGAUAUCUCCCUGUGUGAUCUGCAGUAUUUGAAGUCUUGUUGUCCUGGAGAAGUCCAGCCUUUCCUCAGGGUUCCAACAUUGUGUGAUUUUGAGCCUUUGCACCAACAUGUUCAGAUACUUCAUCAUCUCGUUCAGGCUGCCCAGAGUGUGGAUGAAAUGUCUCAAACUAUCACUGACCUAUUGAGUGAACAAAAGGCAUCCAGCAGCCAAUUGGCACAAAGGUCUACUGCAGCUCCAAGAUCUGAAAGCACAACAGGAACCACCUCUACCUCCUCCAAAACGCCCUCCUCACUAAGUCUUCAGGGUCCCCUUUGUCAGCCUCUUUCUGUCCCUGGCCCGUUGGAAGAGUUGUCUCCGGACAGCAUCGACGCCCACACGUUUGACUUUGAGACCAUCGGACAUCCAAACAUGGACCCGGUUUUACAGCAAGGGUCCCUGGACCUUGACUCCUUAGCCGAGAGCCCGGAGUCGGAUUUCAUGUCUGCGGUGAACGAGUUUGUGAUCGAGGAGAACCUGACCUCUCCGAAUCCCAUCAGUGACCCCACGAGCCCCGAAAUGAUGGUGGAGUCUCUGUAUUCCUCGGUCAUCAAUGCCAUAGACAGCAAGCGCAUUCAGGACACGACAACUUUGGAAAGAGAGAAUUCCAGAAUGGCGGUCCUGAAGCAGUGCAUAGAGAAAUACAGGUCAGCCGCUGAGGAGUCACAGACUAAUUUGAGGAGCAUCAAAGAAGAUCUCUACCACUUCCGGGGCCUGGUGCUAAAAGAGCAACGAGAUUUUGGCUUUGCCCUGAAAACAAUGUCGAUGGAAGUGCGGAAUGUUGUUGACAACUACAAGUACUCCCAUGAAGAGGACGUGAAAGGAAUGCAUCAGAAUGAGCUGCUCGUACUCAAAAGGGACCAUGAAAAAGAAAUCCUAGGUCUCAAAGAAGAAUCGGAGGGGAACCAGAAUAUAGUAAAAGACUUACAAAGGGCUAUACUGGAACUGGAAGGCAUAGUGGAGAGGAAGGAAAAGGAGAUCUCCCAAUUAGAAAGCGAAAGAGACAGGACUGCGGAAUCAGAGAGCAGCCAAAAACAACAGCUGCACAACCUGGAGCAAAAGAUCACGGAGCAGAGCAACGAAAUGAAGACCAUCAUGCUGUCCAGAGACACUUUGGCCGAUCAGCUGGAGCAUCUGCACUUUGAGAUCGAACGCAGUCAGCAGAAGAUCAAACAGGAGAUGGAGAACCUCGAGAAGUCUCACCUGCAUGAGCUCGAGGAGAGGCUACAGCAGCAGCACGCCACUGAGCUGGAGGUGGUCAAACACGAAAACCAAGCGGGCCUCAACCGCCUGAUGGAGGAGAAUGUGGCGAAGAUCAAGGAGCUGGUCGACCUCCACACCGUGGAGCUGACGGAGCGGGAGGACCGGCUGAAGGACCUCGAGUUCCGCCUCUCUGAGCUCUCUGACCUGCGGUGCAAGCUGGAGGUGGAGCUGGCCCUGAAGGAAGCGGAGACAGAGGAGAUCAGGCAGCUGUACCAGGAGGUCCGGUAUCAGCAGCAGGAGACCCUGAAUUCCAGAGUAGAGGCCGAAACCGAGUCCUUGCGGAAAGAGAUUGCGGAGCUCAAGCAGCAGCUGCAGGUGAAGAACGAAGAGUACGAGGUGGGCUUGGCGGAGCUGAGGACACUAAUGAGAAUCGAGAAGGAUCACUGCAUCUCUGAGUUAGUGGACAGGCACGAGGAGGAGAGCACUUUACUGCGCAGCGAAUUUUCGGCUUUGCAAGAGAAAGCUCAGGAGGUUGAGAGAGCCCUCACAGAUCAGGUGCAGACGCUUAAAAAUGAUCUGCAGGAGCAGACUGCGUCCCUCAAGAAAGAGAAGGAAGAUCAGGAGAAAGCUUUUCAAGAGCAGCAGCAGCAUCUGAAGAAGGUUAUUAGUGACUUGCAGGCUGAAAAUGAACUUCUUUCGACGAGGCUGGUGCAGGAGAAGGAGACAGCCCUGCAGACAUUGAAUGAGCAGAAAGAGGAAGCAGUGAAGGCUGCUUUAUCUGAUGCCUUUAAAGACUUUGAACAGCAAAAACAAGAAAUUGAGGAAAGACUGUUAGAAAAGGUUGAACAACUUGAAAGUGAGCUCAAAGACAGAAGAUCGUCUGAAAGAGCGGUCGCUGGGGCAGAGCAGGCGGAGGCGGUGUCUGAGGCGCCGGCCGGCGUUAGCGCCGAUCUGGAGGAGCGGCUGCAGGAGGAGAGGGCGGCCCUGCUGGCACAGCUGGAGCUGCUGGAGAAGAGAAAGAACGAGGAGAUGCAGAACCUGAAGACGUCGCUCAUCGCCGAGCAGCAGACAAACUUCAACACUGUUCUGACACGAGAAAAACUAAAGAAGGAACAGGCAAUCAACGAAUUAACAGAAAAGCUGAGGAAAGUCACCCAGCAACAAGAAGAGGACAAAGGUGUCAUUGAGACCCUCCUGGAGGACCGGGCCAACCUGCUCCAGGAGAAGAAGCAGCUGGAGGAGGAGCUGAACCGGCUCCGCAGCAGCACCAUGGUGUCCUCGGCGUACUUCGUGGCAAACCCAGCCGCCCUGGAGGUGGCUGGCGCCUGCUCCUCCGAGGCCCCCGCCGACCCCGACAGGCUGGCCUCGGUCGGCUCCGCCCGUGGAGACGAGGAGAAGGUGGACUCCGCGGUGGAGGCCAGCAUGAUGACUGUCCAUGAAAACAUACUCAUGUUAUCCGAGGAGAAGCAGCGGAUACUUCUGUUGGAAAGGACCUUACAUAUGAAGGAGGAAGAAAACAAACGGCUCAGUCAAAGAUUAAUGUCCCAGAGCAUGUCUUCAGUGUCUUCGCGCCAUUCAGAGAAAAUCGCUAUAAGAGAUUUUCAGGUUGGAGACUUGGUUCUUAUCAUCUUAGAUGAAAGACAUGACAACUAUGUACUGUUUACCGUGGGCCCCACCUUGUACUUCCUCCACUCUGAAUCUCUCACCGCAUUGGAUCUCAAACCAGCAUCUGGAGCUGCAAGACGACCAUGGGUUCUUGGAAAAGUGAUGGAGAAGGAAUAUUGCCAGGCAAAAAAGGCUCAAAACCGAUUUAAAGUUCCUUUGGGUACCAAGUUCUACAGAGUGAAGGCAGUACCUUGGAACAAGAAAGUAUAAUAUAUCGUUACACAAUAUGAGCUAAGAAAAAAAAAAAACAAGUUUGUGUUGCAUACAUUUUUAAAAAAAGACAUCUCGUGUUAUUCAUAAUUCUCUUAUCAACAUCGCAUUAGAAAAAAAGAAAAAAAAAUCAUAAUCAUGACAUGUUUUGAUUCUCAGUUGAAAGAACACUUUUUUUUAAAACCCAGAAGAUUUAUA